AUUAUAAAGGCAUAGGUGUGUGUGGUCACAUAUCUCAUCAACGAGAACCACGAUCGACAAAAGGGCCUCGUACUUCCGCUGGAGUAGUUUCCCUUAACCCUCGAUCUUCUCCGUUUCGAUUCCGAAGCUUCUGAGAAAAUGAACGACUCAGAUGUCUCCAAGCAAAUCCAGCAGAUGGUCAGGUUUAUCCGCCAGGAAGCCGAGGAGAAAGCCAACGAGAUCUCUGUCUCCGCCGAAGAAGAAUUCAACAUCGAGAAGUUGCAGUUGGUUGAAGCCGACAAGAAGAAGAUCCGCCAAGAGUACGAGCGCAAAGAGAAGCAAGUUGAUAUUCGGAAGAAGAUUGAAUACUCGAUGCAGUUGAAUGCUUCUCGGAUAAAAGUUCUUCAAGCUCAAGAUGAUGUGGUUAAUAACAUGAAAGAUGCUGCAUCCAAGGAACUUUUGAAUGUUAGUCGUGAUCAUCAUGUGUACAGAAACCUUAUUAAAGAUCUCAUUGUUCAGAGUUUGCUGAGGCUGAAAGAGCCUUCUGUCUUACUACGAUGUCGGAAAGAUGACCUACAUUUGGUGGAGCAUGUGCUGGAUUCAGCUGCUCGGGAGUAUGCUGAAAAGGAAAAUGUUCAUCCACCGGAGAUCAUUGUUGACCACAAUGUCUAUCUUCCACCUGCAUCCAGCGAUCAUAAUUCCCAUGAUCCGUACUGCUCUGGAGGGGUGGUGUUGGCUUCUAGAGAUGGAAAGAUUGUGUUUGAAAAUACACUUGAUGCACGAUUGGAUGUGGUGUUCCGUAAAAAACUUCCAGAGAUCCGCAAGCAGCUCUUUGGACAAGUUGCUGUUUGAAGAUCUUGGUUGUAUUGUUUCGUUGCCCCUAGGAUAUUUAUAUCUUUCUGCAGAGAUAUGUCGUGCCAUUGCUCCUGUAAUCUUAGUAUUAUUGCCCCUUAAGUAACUUUUUUAUUAUUUUUUGGUGUUCCUGUGUGUCAGUCACUUUAUCUUAUUUUAUUGGGAUUGCGAUGUUGUUAGUGAUAAAUAUUUUCAGCUUAAAAAUAAAUGCUCGCUACAGCUCAUCGCUGCUUUUAGCUUAUUUGGUAAUUAAGAACAACUGUUUUCUUAUGGUGUUCGGCAUGGAAAUAGAAAU